AUGACUCAAAUAUACAACUAUCAAGAAAGUUUCUGGGACGAAGACGAUCAAGGUGUUACCGUUCUUCUUCAGCAUGUUGGAAGAGGUAUAUGCACCUGUGAGUUAUUGCUCGAUUGUUUCACUAAGAGAAGUGAGUUGGAGAUGGAUUAUGCAAGAAGAUUAGGAGCACUCAGUGCAAGAAUAAUGAACAAUCUCGAACGAUAUGCGGACUACAAUAAUAUGUCUGAAUCCUUAAAAUAUUUCCAAUCCUCCCAGCAGACAAUAGCCAAUGGUCAUUCUAAGGCAUAUGAGAGGCUCAACAGGGAAAAUGUCGGUACGAUGAGUGAUUUCUUAAAGCAAUAUAGAGCCAGAUGGUCAACGAUAACGGGAAACGUGGAAAACUUAAGGAAGUUGAAAGAUGAAAAGAAGAAAGCCUUGAAAUCUAUAGAUCAAGAAUUACUCAGUGCUGAGAAUAAACUGAGAGAGUAUCAGCUCAACAAAGAAACUGCCUUGGGCGAAUACCAAAGGAAAGAAAAUGCGAGAGAAUUGGAAAAAUGGUCUUCGAUAGUGGAAGAAUCACACCGUAGGAAAACCGUCUUACAUCAUGAAUGUAAAGCUGCUAGAGCACAUUGGUUUGAGGAAUGGAGACAUAUUAGUGGAGAAUUGCAAAGUUUAGAAACACAAAGAAUCCAGGUCUCUAGGGAAUUACUACAACAAUACGCUGAUUUUACAACCCAGCCUUCGGAACUGGAACUCUCUUUGAUGGAACAAUUAAAACAAAAACUUUCCAGCUUCACACCUGAACUUGAAAUAUCGCACUUUUCUUACCACCAUGGUACUGGAAGAAUCAAGUUGAAAAACUCUAACUCAGUUUCAACGCACAACUCAAGUGCUAACUCUAACCCAUCUAAUGUGAUCCGUCCGAAGAGUUCUCACAAGGCGUUGGAUUUAACAAAGAAUGAUAGGUAUGUUCAAAAUAUAAAAAGACUAUCAACCCAGCUGAAGAACACCAGGCUCAAUUCAAUAAAUGCAUUAAGUGUCGAUAAAGGGUUGCCAACUCCAAAAACUGAUGCUGCCCUUGUUAAUUCCAUAGAAUCGAAGGUCCUAAAUGAUAACUCUGCUCCGCAUUCCGUUGAAAACUAUUUAGAAGUGGUUACAAAGCCAGGACAUGGAGCAACAUUAUCAGAAUCUUCAGAAGAGACUUCUUCAAAUCCAACGGACUUUACUCAUAGGAAAAAUAAGGCAAGUUAUGAUUCCAUGUCGACUUCUCUCUCAUCCAUGGCCUCAAGUGUCGAUGACUCUCAAAGGUUUGCUAAAUCUUGGAAUUCACGCAAUAGAAGAAAAUCUAGACCUUCAUCAAUGUAUUCGCCCACAAUGGAUACGGAUACUUCUGACAACGACAAUAACAACUCUCUGAAGCCACCAACUGCAAAUCGUAGAAAAUCCAUCGCAUCGGAUGUCGAAACAGCAUUAGAAAUCUUGGAAAUGAAUGAUCGUCCGAUGACAUCAAGAACGAGCUCUGGUGCUUCUAGCAACUUAACUGUGAGCAGAACAGUGUUGCCUUUCAGCAACUCUUUGAAUAUAAUGCGUUGUAAACGUGUGACUAUUGAUGGUGAACAAUUGAAUCUACCCAUCGUUGAUUCCAUGAAAAAUCCAGUCGUAAAAUAUGUCAAAGCGAUGUAUUCGUACACUGAACCCAAUGAAAAUAACAUACUACUUUUCAAUUCUGGUGAUAUCCUGCUGUUAGUCGAAUGCAUAAAUGAUGACUGGUAUGUGGGUGAGGUAUAUCAAGGUAACAAACAGCAUGGUCUGGUACCAAUGAAUUACGUGAAAGUAAUAAAUUGA